AGUGGGCAGUGAUGUUUCAGAGAUUGUAGAGCAGGAGAAUGAGAGCGAGAAUUAGUCGAAAUGAAAUGCUUCUGGCAGUUUGUAUCCAGAAUGUUUAAUAUUUUGUUUGUUCCCGCUGUAUGCAAACUAAACAUGUUGAUUUGUGGCUUUUAUAAAAAUAUUCGCUUUCCUUGGAAAUUGUUUAACUUGUGCAUUUGAGUGGCUCUCUCGGCUGUAUAAUACAGCUGGUUUAGCCUAUAGGCAGGCAUUGGUUCUCAUAUACAACACCAGCACGUUUCACUCUGCAGCAGCCACCACCUUCAGCAUCAGCUCGCACCAUCAUCGUCAUCAUCAUCAUCAUCAUCAUCAACAUCAGGUGCAGGUCGAGGAUUCUUUUGGAGCUCCGCUGGUACAUGAAGAAAACAGAGUGAAGCCCACAAAGCAAUGCUCGUAGUGGCGGCUGGUGGCGACUCGGGCACAGUCGAGCGUGUUGAAUGAGGAAGCGGCUACCGGGACUGCUUGGUGUUCUUUUCCCGUCCAAACGAGCGGGGCAUGCCAGCCGGGCGAUUAACGCAGCCUUCGCGGCUGGAGGAGUAAAUGGGACCGCACGUCAUCCGAGCGAGAAAGAUGGAGCGAUUUUUUGUCCUCGUUCUCAGCUGUUUUGGCGUCUCGCGGGUCUCAGCGGAUACGUUGUCCCCCCCUGUCAAUGUUACCAUCAAAGCGGUGAAAGCUAACUCUGCUCUGGUGACAUGGGACAUCCCCGAGGGAGACCCUGUCAUUGGCUUUGCCAUCACGCAGCAGAAGAAAGACGUGCGUAUGCUACGAUUCAUCCAGGAAGUCAACACCACCACACGCUCCUGUGCAUUAUGGGACCUAGAGGAGGAGACAGACUACAUUGUGCACGUGCAGUCCAUCAGCAUGUUUGGGACGAGCCCGCAAAGCGAACCUCUACGCUUCCGAACACCGAAGGAGGCCGAGACUCAGGCUUCUAAGAAUAAAGACGAAGUCACAAUGGAGGAAGUGGGCCAGACCAACCAGUUGAGGGCGGGGGAGCUCAUCAUCAUUGUGGUGGUGCUUAUCAUGUGGGCAGGCGUGAUCGCUCUCUUCUGUCGCCAGUAUGACAUCAUUAAGGACAAUGAGCCCAACAACAACAAGGACAAAGCCAAAACCUCAUCAGAGUGCAGCACUCCUGAACACCCGUCAGGGGGUCUGUUGCGCAGUAAGUUCUCCAAGAACAACAACAGGAUGCCAUCUGUCAACAUCAUUGAAGUGUGACUGUCUUCCCUAUAUACUAGAGACUUGGUCUUCUCACAAACCAGCAGGCCCUUUUAGGCAAAUCUGCUUGUCAGGAUGCAUCACGUACGUCUCCCUUGCAGCGGGCCUGCCAAUGAAACAAAGCUUGUGGGACUCCAGGGAUUUAGGAACAACUUGGCCAGCGUUAGAAGAGAUCCCAAAGUGGAGCGACUUCAGGGAGAGUAGAGCGGAUUUGCCAUGAUUAACAACUACGGUACCUUGGGGGAGGCAGAGAUUAGGGCCAAAUGGUCCUGGCAGUGGACAGACUGCUGAUAAAGCAACCCCUUGGACCAAUGUCGAUAAAGCUGAGCCAGAGACCUUUUCUUCCACUCUCCCAUUUCUUCUCUGUCUCUUAGUGGGACGUGAUUUGACCGUACAUACAGUGUGUGAGGGGUUCCCACUGUGUCUAAAUGUUCCGUUAUGGCGUAAUUGAAUCCCAUCAUCGAGAUGUUGUAUUGUUCUAACAUUCUUUAAUCCAAUGUUUUUUUGUUGUUGUUUUUAUGAGUGGGGAUUAAUAAUUUAUCAUUCAAGUGCUGUUUUGUUCCACAAUGUAUUGUCAGUACAUUUCUAUUGUUCUGGUACUUCUUCGACCUCAUCAAGGUAGAAGAACGCUCUGCCGUCUUGCGGGGAAUAUAUGUCUGCCGCGCUUGUUUUCCCCCCCUCAGGGAAUCCAGACUGCACCUGGCUGAGUUCGGAGCGAUUUCUGUGAUGACGCUGUCGCAGCUUCCAAGGGAUAGCUCACUGCUAAAGUUUGCUGUCACGUUGGGUCACAUUUUCCUUUGUAACAUCUCCUUGUGUCGUUUGUGUUUUUAAUAGAUUCUGAUUCUUGACAUUCCACAUCCUUGAAUGAGGUGUCUUUAUUUAUUUUUAGGGUGAUGGAUAUUAGCAUCCUGGGUGAAAAGAGGACUUGACCCAAUGUGUUUCUUCCGAAUUAUGAAUUCUAAAAGAGUCUCAGAUACGUCUACAGAGAAGUGGCCUUUGUAGAGACACUAGAGGGCAUUCCUUAAGCAAUAACAACUCUAAGCCCCAUCAUAUGGGGGCAAGGACUUCAUGUGCAAUGGGGUCACGUUCUGUAGAAAAACAACACACAAAUGUAACCUCUAGGCAUGCAAUGUUGAGACAAAUGAACAUUUGUCUCAACAUUGAACAUAAAUAGUCAUGAGUACAACGGGCCUCCGAUGUUUGCUUUCUUGUAAUGAACAGGUGUCAUCAAGGCAUAAGGGCUUUUCAUGACAAUUUUCAAUUCCAAAUUAGAAUGUAUCCCUAGGCUGUUAUACAUACAAAUAUGGUGUAUUGUAAACUGAAUGGAAAAUAGAAUUGCAGUAUUUAGUAUUGACUUUGGGGGCCUAUUGUGCUUCUUUCAGUUUAUUUUUUUGGGACUUACUCUAGGUAGGAUUGUUGAAAGUUAAAUAAACGUGAUCAUGAAUUUAGACUGCCCAUUCAGGCAACCUCAUUUAUAUUAUUGUAUUAGAUGUCAAAAUAUGCCCUACCCCCACCCCCAAAAAAGAUUCCUCUUGAUUAGCCAAACUUUAAAUGUAGCAAGGGUCCUUUAACAUGAUAAAGCCAUGGCCCAUCACACUCAAGAACUCAAGUCGUAAUUUUACAAAAGGUUAUUGGAUAUUGAACCCUUUCUACUACAAUGGGCAUCUUAUCAGGUUUUCAGGAUACUGGUUUUCAUUAUUGGUGCAGGAAAGGGUUAAAUCUCGUUUUUAUGAAGUAGAAUUUCUUUGUUAAUUCAUUGGCAAGCCAGAGGGCUGAUUCCAACCCAUGUGUACUACAGGAUAUCGAGAUUAAACAUUUUACUUAUUGAUGAGACGGACAGCCCAUCUAAUUGCAUCUCUCAUACAUAUAUGCCCUUAUAUAUUUCUUAUAUUUUGUAACAUGAGUGUGUGUGUGUGGUGUGUGUGGGUGGGUGUAUGUGCUGUAUGUGGACUGUAAACAGAAAAAAUACAGUUGCAAGACCAGACUGACUAAUGCUUAAAAUUUUAAUGUGUAAAUACAUUUAAUAUUAUCAGAGCCCGUAAUGAGUUAUGACAAUUAUGAAUGCCAGAUUUAGUACUGUGCAAAAGUCUUAAAAGCCACUCUUAUAUUUGCUGAUUAUGUAACGCUACACUUGCAAAAUGUAUACAAGUGCAAACAGUAUUGGAAAAAAAAAUAGCUGAAUGGAACGGACCCUAAUUUAUACAUGUUGGCACCAGAUCACUGGAAUUGUUUAUGCAAUUCAUAAAAUCUAUAUCGGUCCUCCUAUUUACUGUUUUACGAGGCUAAAACCACUUCUUAAAAUGACAGGGAGGCAAGAGGUGGACUAAGACCUUUGCAAGUACAUUUUUAAACAUAACACGGUGGUCCUAUAGGUGAAAUAUGUAUUUUCUUUAUGUGUGUGCUUUACUCUUUAUGUCUGACUAAUAAUAAUCGUUUCAUAGCAUUUAUCAAUUGUUUAUAUUAUACAUUUUGUCAUUGAGCUGUUAAUGUUCAAUAGGAGUGGAAGAAGUCGUUUACUAGCUUGAAUCUUAAAUUACAUUGUGUUGUUGGACUGCGCACACAACAAUAAUACAACUUUUUUUAACCCAUACGAUCCUAAUCUUUGUUUGUCUUUUUUUUUACGUUGGAAAAAAUAUUGACCCCAUUUCAUUACAAAACUAUGAUGCUGGUCAAAACACAACACUGAUUGCAGGGCGUUGCACUAAUGUAGUCACUUACCGGUAGCUGACCUAUAGGGUCCAUGCUAUAUUAUACUGUAGUGGAAGAACAAAGCGAUAAAAUUCUUCUGAUGGUUACACUUGAGCGGAGAGAGACUGCACUGAUGACGCCUUUUAUCAGUUCAUUUUUUUCCUUUUUUAAAUUUUUUUAUGAGGACUCUGACAAGAGCUCACUCAUUUUCUGUUUCGGCCAUAGUGGCUUUGGAGAACACAGGCAUUGAGCUCCAAUUGAAGGGUGCCUGACCUGAAAACAGUGUUCCAUCUGCACUGAGCAGAAAAAUCUGAGCUUUUGAGCUUUGUCAUACUGUAGAGGGUUAAAUUAAUUUUCCCUAUUCCAAUUAAUAGCAUCCACU